GACAAAGACCUAUUUCAUCAUUACCGCAAGCGAAGGAGCCAUAAACUAUCCUGGAUUUAUAGAUGAAGGAUAACACGGAGUCAAGCUUUGCCGGCAUCACAUCAAUUUUAAGGAAUCGAAAUUCCCUAUUUAAUUCCCUGAUUCAUCACAGAGUCUAGUUUGUUGAGAAACUCAAGUUAAAAAGCUAAUCGGAGAGUACUUUACUUCGAGUUUCGUAACCACAAUAAUAAUCGAGGACAUCGUAGGAUCGCGGAGAAACAAUGGCUCUCCUACCGUUCUCCCUAUUCCAAACUCUUACCAUAGCCUUCAUUGUUUAUACUAUCACGAACUAUUAUAACUCGGAUUCAUCCCCAAGCACAAUUUGGGACCGGGACUACGAACCGCCAGAGCCUACACCGAGCCAUGCUGGGGGGACGGAUGUCAGCCGGGUUAUGGUCCGUUUCUGGGAGGGUUGCCAAACGAUCUUCGACGAUGAGAAUGGAAUGGCGCCCUGGUUCAGUGAUGCGGAUGCUAAUAGUAGGCUCAUCACCACAAUGAUGGAAGCCGUACCCCUGAGUUAUAAAACAACGUCUAAAUAUAACUCCAUAAACAUACCGAGAAUAGAGACUCUAAUUGAGGAACGCAAAAGCGAACUCGUAAAAGCCAAGGAUGCAUUCAAAGACUACGCUAGCGUUCGCCAAGAGCUACGACGUAUCCUAUUUUCCAACAAAGUCCUAUGGUAUUGGUACGCUGAUAAUGAACAGGACGUUGCGUUCUUGCGUCGUAUUUCUAAGUUUACAGUGGCGAACGCAACGAUAGGAAAACCGUGGCAAGAUGCGGAAGAAUUUGCGAAAACUUCUGGGGUCAAGAUCCUCAGAGAGCUUCGAAGGACCUGGGAGGAACACGGUAUCGCCGAUGACCUUGGAAAGCACCUGGCUACGAUGCGAAAGCAUUUAAAGAGAGCCUUGGGCCAUGAGGAACAAUUCAUCAGAGAGCUACAGAAAAGGUCGUCGAAAGGCCACAUGUGGCCUUCGCGGCAAGCAAAACAUGUUCUACCUUGGCUCGUUGAGAGGGCCACAACCCUAUAUCAUGCGCACGGAAUCAUCGACGAGACUGUAAUAUGGAUGAAGCUCAUCAUGAUAAAUCCUCCAGGGAUAUUCAACGGCUACGGAACAUACCAAAUGUCAACCAUUCAUUGGGCUAAAAUUAUAGAUGACCUCUUGAGGGAGUGGGGUACGUUAUUACUAAGUUCACAACAAGGCAUGCUGCUCGCCACGCGACGAGAAAAGUUAAAGAGCAUCAAGGACCUCCGCUAUUUCAACAUUGAAGAAUCAUGGGAUGAGUGGAAGGAGCAAAACUGCGGUGGGACAUCAUGUUACAAAGCCACCAAUCCAAUUUUCGCGGUGGCAAGAUUCUUAGGCAUUAAUGGGCUACCUCUAGCAGGUCGCUCUCGGGACGAGGAAGCAUUCUGUAAGAAGCAGACUCUGGCAGUUGGCAAGACACCUAAGGUUUGGCGGAGUGUGUAUGAGCAAGCUUGUUGUCAAGAGGGGCCGGUUAACGCGUUCAUAAAAUACGCGCCAUUAGAGACGUUGCUCUACCAACAGGAGUAACCUAUGCUGGAUAUUGGAAAUGGGAUACCGGGGAGCUAAGGUGGAUGUAUGAUAAUUGUGUGUAUACGUAUUUAGGUACCAACUAUUCUGGGUAGUUUGUUCCAAUAGCUAUUCAUUAGGUAUGCAUAAACUUAGGUAUCAAUAUGUAGUAUGAAUAAGUCAAUUCUACCAAGA